AUGCCCUCUGUCAUCCCCGACUGGCAGCAGACUGCCGCGCAUGCCCGAGCAGCCUUCAAAGCCAAGGUCGAGGCGACGGGCUUUGCAGUCCCUGCCGUGUCCCCCAAGCAGCUGAACGUGACGAGCGUCGCGCUCGAAGAUGUCCUCAGCAGUGAAGAGAUCGCCAUAACCGAAUCGAGCGUCGGCGAGCUUGUCGCCAAGUUGGCGAAAGGCGACCUUUCCUCGGAGCAGGUCACGCGCGCCUUCUGCCACCGCGCCGUUAUUGCACACUCGCUUACCAACUGCUUGACCGACAUCUUCUUCGACCGCGCCAUCGAGCGCGCCAAAUCCCUCGACGCCGAAUUCGCACGCACGGGCAAGCCUUCGGGACCUCUUCACGGCCUCCCCGUCUCGCUCAAGAACCAGAUCGAUGUCGAGGGAGAAGAAAUGAACUUGUGCUACGUCGGCUGGGUCGGCCGUAUCGCGAAGAAGAACUCUGCCAUGGCGGAGUGCCUUCUCCGGUCCGGGGCGGUCCUCUACUGCUUCACCAACAUGCCGCAGGCGCUCAUGUCUGGCGAGACUGUCUGCAAUCUCCACGGCCGCACAACAAACCCGCACAACCGGGCGCUCGCUGCCGGAGGAUCGUCGGGAGGAGAAGGCGCUCUCGUCGCCCUUCACGGUUCGCCCAUCGGCGUCGGCAGCGAUAUUGGCGGAAGCGUGAGGAUCCCGUGCGCCUUCAACAGCCUGUACGGUCUCAGGCCGAGCUUCGAAAGGAUGCCGUACGGAGGCUCGACCAACUCGAUGGAGGGCUUCACCGUCAUCCCUUCAGUGCUCGGCCCGAUGUCGUCGUCGCUCGACGGCGUCAAGCUGUUCUUCAAGGCCGUCCUCGACGCCGAGCCAUGGCGCCUCGACCCGCUCGCCCUGCACAUGCCGUGGAGCGACUCGGCGUACCAGCUUGCCGAGCAUGGCGGCGGCCAGAGUCCGCUCUGCUUCGGCUUCAUCUCGCACAACGGCAUCGCCAAGCCAGACCCGCCUUACCUGCGUGCGCUCGAAACAAUGAAGAAGGCGCUUCUCGCGAAAGGCCACAAAGUCAUCGACUACACGCCUGUCGACGCCGCCAAGGGCUCGUCAAUCUUGACGAGACUCUUCCUCGCCGACGGCGGUGAGGACAUCGCGACGCAGUGCGCCACCUCCGGCGAGCCUUUGAUGGAGGGCGCCUUCAAAGGCGUCGUCAAGCCUCCCGCAAUCUCGACCUACGCUUUCUGGCAGCUCUGCCGCGACAGGCGCGACUACAUCGCCGAACAGCUCGCCGCUUGGGAACGCACGAAGGAGCUCACCGGCACUGGUCGCCCCGUCGAUGCGCUCAUCUCUCCGCCCGCACCUUACCCGAGCUUCCGUCACGGCGACUUGCAGGACAUCUUCUACACCGGCAUCUGCAACCUUUGCGACUAUCCCGCCGCCGUCUUCCCCGUCACCAAGGUCGACCCGGCUGUCGACGUCAAGGCGGAGCCGUACGACUUUGCGAGCGACUUUGACAAGGUCAACUACGAGCGCUACGACGCCGAGGUGUACCGAGACGCACCCGUCGCUCUUCAGCUCAUCGGCAGGAAGGGCGAGGACGAGGCGGUCAUCCGGAUGAUGGAGAUGGCGGUUGAGGCCCUCCAGUCGGCUUGA